CUGCAGCUGCUUCAUUCCUUGGGCCACCUCGUCAUGAAGCAGAGCUACGUUUGCGCCCUCAUCGCCAUGAUGGUGUGGAGCAUCACCUACCACAGCUGGCUGACCUUUGUGCUGCUGCUCUGGGCGUGUCUCAUCUGGAUCGUGCGCAGCAGGCACCACUUUGCCAUGCUCUGCUCGCCCUUCAUCCUUCUCUACGGCAUCGCUCUCUGCAGCCUGCAGUAUGUGUGGGGGAUGGAUCUGAAGCCCGAGCUGCCCACCAAGGUCGGCUUCAUGCCCCUGGAGCAGCUGGGGCUGGUGCACCCUCCGUAUCCUUGCCUGGACCUGGGGGCUAAGCUCCUUUAUACCUUGACCUUUUGGCUUCUGGUGCGACAAUUUGUGAAGGAGAAGCUGCUGAAAAAGAAGCCCCCUUCGGCCCCCCUGCUGGAAGUGACGGUUAUUGAGGCAGAACCAGACCCCAAGCAUGAUGUCCUGAAAAUCCUGGGCAGCUACGUGAAGGACUUCUACGCCAAAUUCUGGAUCUUAGUCUGUGCAGGGAUGUUCAUUGUGGUCAGCUUUGCUGGACGGCUGGUGGUCUACAAAAUUGUCUACAUGUUCCUCUUCCUCCUCUUCCUCACCCUCUUCCAGGUUUACUACGGUCUCUGGCGGAAACUCUUGAAGGCCUUCUGGUGGUUUGUGGUUGCUUACACCAUGCUGGUUCUUAUAGCUGUUUACACCUACCAGUUUGAGGACUUCCCCAUGUACUGGAGGAAUUUCACCCACUUGACCGAUGAACAACUGGGUGACCUUGGCUUGGAGCAGUUCAGCGUCUCAGAGCUCUUCUCCAGCAUCUUCAUCCCAGGCUUCUUCCUACUGGCCUGUAUCCUUCAGCUCCACUACUUCCACCGUCCAUUUAUGCGCGUCACCGAUCUGGAGUGCGUCAUCUCACCCGGGAAGGGAGAGCUUAGUGGGAGCCAGGAGCUGCUUCAGGCUGAAGGUGGCAAAGCAGAAGACCACGAGCCAGAUGAUGACGUUGAUGCCUCUUCUGAAGAGGGUGUGCCCAGCAAGUGGGGCCUGGUGCUGGAGCGUCUCUCGGUGUUGGGGAAGAGCUUCUCAGAUGUUCUCGGCUGCAUCCAGGUCUUUGUCCUUCGCCUGCUGGAGCUGCACAUUUUGAAGCUUUUGGCUCUGUACAUCAUGUGGGUUGCUUUGCAGGAGGUGUCGGUGAUGAACUUGCUGCUGGUGGUGUUGUGGGCCUUUGCGGUGCCCUACAGCCGCUUCUGCCACAUGGCCUCCUGCCUCUCCACCAUUUGGGCCUGCAUCAUCAUCGUCUGCAAGAUGCUGUACCAGUUGAAGAUUGUCAACCCACAAGACUAUGCCAGUAACUGCAGCUUGCCUCUGCUCAAUAACACCAACCUCCAACCAGAGGAGAUCAGCAAUUCCACCCUCUACCAAGGUCCUGUUGACCCGGCCAAUUGGUUUGGCAUUCGCAAGGGGUAUCCCAACCUGGGCUACAUCCAGAACCAUCUGCAAGUUCUGGUCCUGCUGGUUUUUGAAGCGGUGGUGUAUCGAUGCCAGGAAUACUAUCGCAAGAAACACCAGCUGGUGCCUCCGCUCACCCAGACCAUCUUUGAAGAUGCGACACGCCAGAACCUAGAUCAAGGCUUGCUGAACUGCAUCAAGUACUUCAUCAACUACUUCUUCUACAAGUUUGGUCUUGAGAUUUGCUUUCUAGUGACAGUGAACGUGAUUGGCCAGCGCAUGAACUUCAUGGUGAUCUUCCAUGGAUGCUGGUUGGUUGUCAUCCUGACACGGAGGCGGCGUCAAGCCAUUGCCAAGCUCUGGCCGAAGUACUGCCUCUUCCUGGCUCUCUUCUUCAUCUUCCAGUAUCUUCUCUGUGUUGGGAUUCCUCCAGUUCUCUGCAAUGAUUACCCGUGGAGGUGGAGCCCCACCCUUCCCAUUACCUCCGUUCUCAUCAAAUGGAUGUACUUCCCCGACUUCUUCAUGAAACCCAAUUCAGUCAAUCUCAUGAGUGACUUCCUGUUGCUGCUCUGUGCAUCUCAGCAGUGGAAGGUUUUUGUCAACGAACAGACGGAGGAAUGGGUGCAAUUGGCUGGGGACAACCGGGAGCAGCUGGAGCCCCUGCAGGGGCAGCCAAACCCUGUGCCCAAUUUUGUCAACUGCAGGUCCUACCUAGACAUGGUCAAGGUGUGUGUGUUCCGCUACCUCUUCUGGUUUGUCUUGGUCAUUGUCUUCAUCGCUGGGGCCAAUCGCAUCAGCAUCUUUGGCCUGGGCUACCUGAUGGCCUGCUUCUACCUGCUGCUCUUUGGCACCGCCAUGUUGCGCUGGUCCCUGCGCGCCCGCCUGAUCCUGUGGGACUGCCUGAUUCUCUACAACGUGACAGUGAUCAUUGCCAAGAAUAUGCUCUCGCUCCUCUCCUGCGUCUUCGUCCAGCAAAUGCAGAACAACUUCUGUUGGGUCAUUCAGCUCUUCAGCCUGGCCUGCACCGUCAAGGGUUACUAUGACCCCAAGGAUGUGGACAAGAGCCAGGACUGUGCGCUGCCUGUGGAGGAAGCCGGCAUCAUCUGGGACAGCAUCUGCUUUGUCUUCCUGCUUCUCCAGCGCAGGGUCUUCCUCAGCUACUACUUUCUGCAUGCCUGGGCCGACCUCAAGGCCUCGGCCCUGCAGGCCUCCAGGGGCUUCGCACUUUUCAAAGCCAGGAUGAUCAAGCAGAUGACCGCCCACCUCUGGGCUGAAAAGAAAUCCUUGGUCCAACUUAAGCGGCAGAUGCAACGGAUUCGAGCCAAGCAGGAGAAGUACCACCAGGGACAGCUGGCCAGAGACUCGGAAGAGGCCACGGAGGCAGACACGCCAGGUAAGGACCCUGGCCAGCAAAGGAAGCGCUGGUGGCGCCCGUGGUUGGAUCACGCCACAGUGCUGCACUCGGGGGAUUACUUCUUGUUUGAGACGGACAGCGAAGAGGAUGAGGAGUCGGCUGUGGAGGACCCAAAGCCCCCAAAGCAGAGCGCCUUCCAGCUAGCUUACCAGGCCUGGAUCACCAGCACUAAGACUGUCCUACGAAAGCAACAGCGCCAGGAGAAAGAGGAACAGGAGGCAGAUCCAGCCGAAGGCACCUUGUCUCCAGGUGAGACCUUUUUUCCAAACCCAGCUGUGGGACCACAAAGGGCUGCCUCAGGGAAGAGCAACGUACUGCAGCGGGUGCUGAAUGUCCUGCGCUUCCUCUGGGUGCUGUGCCAGGCCACGGUGGACGGCUUGACCCGGUGGCUGAGAGCCCUCACCAAGGAGCACGAGCAUCUCUCCACCGUCCUGGGCCUGGAGAGGUUUGUGCUCACCCAGCAGCUGGAUCAGGCAGAGGAGGUUCAAAGAGGCAUCCUGGACAGAUUAUACCAGCCAUCCCUGCCGGCCGACAACACCUCGCAGGACACGGCCUUGCCUGGGACGGCAGCAAUCUCGCCCAACAGCAUGGCUUCCAGUGGCUGCGACGGGGCCGAGGUUUUCAGUGCUGACAGCACCGGCUACAACUCUCGAAGCGCCAGCGAGGAGCAAAUUCCAGCCGUGGAUCUUCCAGACAACGCAGGACUCCUUCCCAGCAACUCCCAGGAGUUGCUGGCUUGUGCUAAGAGUCGGCCCCGCACCGCCAGUGAAUUGCUACUGAACAGACGUGUCUCUUUCGAGGAGCUGGAGGAAUCCGAGCAGUUCUACCGUUCCCAAAACCGCUUUGUGCAGCUGCUGGUGGCCUGUUACCACUUUGUGGCCGGGCACUCGGACCUGCUGUGUUACUUCGUCAUCAUCCUCAACAACAUGGUCACGGCCUCGGUCAUCUCGAUCGUCCUGCCCAUCCUCAUCUUCCUGUGGGCCAUGCUCUCCAUCCCGCGGCCCAGCAAGUCCUUCUGGAUGACGGCCAUCGUCUACACAGAGGUGAUGGUGGUGCUCAAGUACCUUUUCCAGUUCGGCUUCUUCCCCUGGAACAGCUACACCACCAUGGUGCGCUACGAGGGGAAGCCUUUCUUUGCGCCUCGCAUCCUGGGCAUUGAGAAGACCGACAAUUACAUCAAAUAUGACCUGAUUCAGCUGCUGGUGCUCUUCUUCCACCGCUCCCUGCUGCUGAGCUAUGGCCUGUGGGACCAUGAAGAAGACCUGCUGGCCAAACCUCAGCCGGAGACAGAAGAAUCGCCAGAUGCGGCCAAAGAAGAGGAAGAGCCAGAGCCUGCGGCACUGGCCAGCUCCGAGGCAGAGAAGGUGGUGGUGGAGGAGGAGACGGAGCCAGAAGCGCAGAAGGGGGUCCGUUCACGGUUCAGAAAGAAAGGGGACAAGAAGAAGCAACUGAGCAAAUCUCUGGAGGACCAAAGGGAGGCAGAGGUUCAGGAGCAGGAAGGAGAGGAAAAGGUGGUGGAGGAAGAGGAGGAGGAGGAGGAGAAGAAGAAGAAGUCAGGCCCAUCCCGAGAAAAGAUGAAGGCUGCCAAACGCCAACUGAAGCACUUCGUUGCUUCUGCAGCAGAGCGCAGCUUCCGGCCAGCAUGCCAGUUCUUCCAGGACAUCCUGCACAGCAAGUACUGUGCUGCCACAGAUGUUUACGCUCUCAUGUUCCUGGCUGAUGUGGUGGACUUCAUCAUCAUCAUCUUUGGCUUCUGGGCCUUUGGAAAACACUCGGCUGCAGCCGACAUCGCAUCCUCACUCUCCGAAGACCAGGUGCCCCAGGCGUUCCUGGUGAUGCUUCUGAUUCAGUUCUCCACCAUGGUCGUUGACCGGGCACUCUACCUGCGCAAGAGCGUCCUGGGCAAGCUCAUCUUCCAGGUCAUCUUGGUCUUUGGCAUUCACAUCUGGAUGUUCUUCAUUUUACCUGCUGUCACAGAGAGGAAGUUCAGCCAGAAUACGGUGGCCCAGCUGUGGUACUUUGUGAAGUGCAUCUACUUUGGCCUCUCUGCCUACCAGAUUCGCUGCGGUUACCCCACCCGCAUCCUGGGGAAUUUCCUCACCAAGAAAUACAACCACCUGAAUCUCUUCCUCUUCCAAGGGUUUCGCCUGGUGCCUUUCCUGGUGGAGCUGCGAGCUGUCAUGGACUGGGUCUGGACGGACACCACCCUGUCCCUCUCCGACUGGAUGUGUGUGGAAGAUAUCUAUGCCAACGUCUUCAUCAUCAAGUGCAGUCGUGAGACGGAGAAGAAAUACCCACAACCCAAGGGUCAGAAAAAGAAGAAGAUUGUCAAAUACGGCAUGGGAGGCCUCAUCAUUCUCUUCCUCAUCUGCAUCAUCUGGUUCCCGCUGCUCUUCAUGUCCCUCGUGCGCUCCGUGGUGGGGGUGGUCAACCACCCUAUCGAUGUCACAGUUACCCUCAAAUUGGGGGGCUAUGAGCCUCUCUUCACCAUGAGCGCCCAGCAGCAGUCCAUCCAGCAUUUCACCCCUCAGGACUACGAACAGUUGACGAAUAAGUUUGAACGGCAGCCACUGGCCAUGCAGUUCAUCACCCAGUACGGCUACGAGGACGUCGCCUGGGCCCGCAUCGAGGGCAGCUCCGGAUCCCUGUGGAGUAUCAGCCCCCCCAGCCGUGAGCAGCUCUGGCAGGAGCUGCACAACGGCUCCUCGGACAUCACUCUGCGCUUCACCUGGAACUUCCAACGGGAUCUCCGCAAAGGAGGAAAAACGGAGUACACCACCCAGAAACACACCAUGGAUCUGGACCAGAGGAGUCUCGUGAGGCAAAAUUUGGCUGGAAUGCUGCAAGGCACCUAUCAUGCCCCUGUGCGGAUACCCCAUCUCUUCCCUCCCUACAUACGGGCACCCAGCGGCCCCGAGGCGGACCCGGUUGAGCCCCUGCUCCCAGACGGAGAAGACAGCUACCUGCACGUGCAAGUGCAGCUGAAGCAGCAGCGGAUCCGGCCCGGGAACAGCAGCACCAGCUUCCUGGAGUGGUGGAUGAUCCAGCUGGUGGACUGCCAGGCGGACUGCCACCUCCUGCCCAUGGUCAUCUUCAGCGACAAAGUCAGCCCCCCCAGCCUGGGCUUCCUGGCAGGAUACGGGAUCAUGGGCCUCUACGUCUCCAUCGUGCUGGUGAUCGGCAAGUUCGUGCGGGGCUUCUUCAGCGAGGUCUCCCACUCCAUCAUGUUUGAGGAGCUGCCCUGCGUGGACCGCAUCCUCAAGCUCUGCAACAACGUCUUCCUGGUUCGGGAGACGGGGGAACUGGAGUUGGAGGAGGAGCUGUACGCCAAGCUCAUCUUCCUCUACCGCUCGCCAGAGACCAUGAUCAAGUGGACCCGGGAGAGGGACUGAGCGGAGGGCCGGCACAGAGGGAGCUCCCUUCACCCAUGAAGCAGCCGUGGGAGACCUGCAGCCCAGGAGGGGGAACCGGAACGGGGACCCGGCCAGCUGCUGCUCCUGGACACCGACCCUUCCUGCCCCACUGAAGGCUCUGGGGUGGGGCGGCCCCAUAACCUGAGCCACACUUGCAGCCCAAUGCAGGGGGAGACACACAAAACACUUUUUGAAACACUUUUCCUUUUUAAAAAAAAAAAUAUACUACAUGCUCCGCCUCCCGAGCCUGGACUCCUGCUUCCUUCCCCCAUGGAGACCAGGAAGUGUUUGGAAAGGAAUGGUUGUCCUGCUGCUGAAACGUCCAGAGCUGCCCACCUAUCGCCCUCUGCAGCCACUGACCCUCCCUCCCCCUCUCCCUCUCGGCAAGCAUUUUGCUGCUGGAAACAAGGCUGCUGGGAGUCUACAAAGUAUUUUUUCUAUAGGAGGUCAUUUUAUUUAUACAGAUCUAUACAAUAAAAACAAAGCUGUGAUUUUCAGAAGGUGGUGAAAAGUCAAGGUGGACUUUGGGGAGUGAAGGAGAGAAAUUUCUCUGGUUCAGCAGCCAAGCUUUGAGGGUUCGAUUUCUCCGGAAAUGUCCGGAACAGUUUUCAAGAGUUUAAAUGAGGUCUUGGGAGGUCUGGAUGGGGGCGAGUGCCAAGAAGGAACCUGGUUUCCUUGGGAUGCUUAUAAAACUUCUGUGAGCCUGCUCCCUUUAUACCUUUUAGGAUUUGAAUCCUGUGUGUAGAAACAUAGAAAUUCAGUUCACUUGCGCAUUCAAAGAGCUUAGGAGGCCAAACUGGCCACAUGUGAAAGAUCCUUCGUGGCUCAGUCUGGCUGUUGCUGGAUCCAAAAUGGUUUCUUUGCUUGAAAAACACUUGCGGAAGCAGAGCGUCAGGCCUUUAAGAGCAUCACCCCCACACUCCUUUAGGCUGUAAAGCAGGAGUCC